AAUCUCAUAACAAUUUAAUAAGUCCCUCCCUCCAACAACGAUAAUGGAGCUAUCAUCUUCAUGCUUAUCAUCUCCUACAACUCUUCCUCGUUCGCGUCCUUUCACUACUCAAUUCCACCCUACCAUUAAAUCCUACCUCCGUUUCCGGCGAAACCUUGCCACCACCGCCACUCUAUCCACUGCAGCUUCCACUCCCUCACUCUACUCUGCCACCCGACAAGGACUUGACGCCGUUAACAUUGCCGAAGAUGUCACUCAGUUGAUUGGUAAUACACCUAUGGUAUAUCUGAAUAAAGUUACAGAAGGAUGUGUAGCAACCGUUGCUGCAAAACUUGAGUCCAUGGAGCCUUGCCGAAGUGUCAAGGACAGAAUUGGCUAUAGCAUGUUAUCUGAUGCCGAAGAGAAUGGAGCAAUUUCUCCGGGGAAGACUGUUUUAGUUGAACCAACAACUGGAAAUACAGGACUUGGCCUUGCGUUUGUUGCAGCAACUAAGGGGUAUAGAUUGAUAGUCACUAUGCCUGCUUCUGUUAAUAUUGAGAGAAGAAUCCUUUUACGCGCAUUUGGUGCAGAGGUUGUUUUGACUAAUGCAGAGAAGGGGCUGAAAGGGGCUGUUGACAAAGCUGAAGAAAUUGUCUACGCCACACCCAAUGCUUACAUGUUCGGACAGUUUGAUAACAGGAAUAAUACAAAGAUCCACUUCGAAACUACAGGGCCAGAGAUAUGGGAGGAUACCAUGGGUAAUGUUGAUGCAUUGGUUGCUGCUAUUGGAACUGGCGGCACUGUUACAGGCACUGGACGUUAUCUGAAAAUCAUGAACAAAAAAAUAAAGGUGGUUGGGGUGGAACCUGCAGACAGAAGUAUAAUCUCAGGAGACAAUCCAGGUUUCAUACCAAGCAUUUUGGAUGUCAAACUGCUUGAUGAAGUCGUCAAGGUUACCAAUGUUGAAGCUAUUGAAAUGGCUAGGAGAUUAGCACUAGAAGAAGGAUUACUGGUUGGGAUUUCAUCUGGAGCUGCAGCAGCUGCUGCCAUAACUUUAGCAAGACGACCCGAAAACUCUGGAAAACUUAUAGCGGUUAUUUUUCCUAGUUCUGGUGAGAGGUAUAUUUCCACUGCCCUCUUCAAUUCUAUCUAUGAAGAGGUUCAGAGAAUGUAACAGUUAGAUUUUCCCUUAAUAAUGUGGACAAAUGCCAUUUGGAAAUUGGAGCUGCUCUGAUGGCACCAUUCAAGAAUGAAACUGCCUUAUGAUUUGUAUAGGUAUCAUCACACAGUAUGUGUCAAGAUUAAAAUCAGAUGUAAAUGCUGUAAAGUUUUUCAUCAUUGGAAGUUUUGCAUUAGAUGCAUCCAUUUGGACAAGGAAACGGUUCUUGAAGCUGAGUUCACAUUGGAUACGGAAGGGGACUGACUUGAUGUACAAUGUCUUUUUGUUUUGGUACUGGUAAUCUAGCGUGGCCUUGCAUCCUAUAAUUUUUUUCAUUAUUCUUUAAAUUUCCUUCUUCUUCCUCAGUCAUCCAUGAUGAAAAGUACUCCAAUGUUUUACAGGUUUUUUUUGACAUUUUUUAUAUUUGUUAUAUAUAUCCCAAAAAUGUACCAUAUGUGAUACAAAAAAUAUUGACUGAUGAAUGAAGAUAGUAUGGUUGAUGACUUGACGGUGGUA